UUUAUUGUCAUAUUGAUCACCAAAAGAAACUUUAUUAAAACCAAUCUAUUUGAGUGUCUAAAAAACUCAGUGAUACUUAAAUGUACUUUUAUGUUAAAUAUAUAGACAUAGAAGAAUUUAAGAAAAUCGAAAAUGAAAAGCUAGAAGCAUCAGACAUUCAAAAUAAAACACUUUUGGUCAACCCAAAAUGUCCUAUAGGAUUGAUCAGGGACUAUAUAAGUGAUAAAUUGCAUUUGCCUGAAAAAACUAGUUUUGGUUUGUGUACGGACAAAACUGUUAUGAUAAAACUGAGCCAGUUUCAACCCACAAUAGAUGGGCUGGAUAUACUUAAAGAAAAAGAAACUUAUUAUGUGGUUUUGACAGAUACUGCAGAUGAGCAGCCGUCAUGGCCCAUAGUCCCAAUUUUAUCGAAAUUUUCCAAAGAGUAUAUCGAUUUUAUGGCAUUACAAAAAAGAAAAAGUACAUCUUCUGCCAAGAUUAGAAGAAGUUCGUCAAUUAAAUCCAACUCAAAAGAUACAGUUUCCAUCAGUUCAUCUGGAAAAGUACGGUCCAACGUUACGGAUACUACAACCACAUAAGUUCAGAAUUCAGCUACAGUUUUUUUGUUUUAAAUUAGUAAAAUGUGCGCUUAGAUGUUAUAAAAAUUUAGUAAAAAACUUCUUUAAU